UGUCCCGCCUGUACUAUGGCUCACAGGCCGCCCAGGACCUUCCGACAGCGCCAAGCCGACUCCAGUGACAGCGAUGGCGCCGACGACCAGUCUGCUGAGCCCGCCGCGGUGCCAAAGUCUCAGGCUAUCCCGGUCCGGAUGGAGGACGGUCCUUCAGCAGGCCGAACGGAGGCGGCGGACCGGCCCCGCCGGGCCCGGGGUGCUCUGGGCCGCGGUCGGGUCUGGGCGAGCUCCCGGCGCGACGGCCCCGAAGCUGCCCGGCUGGCGGAUGGCGGCGCGGGCGGCCGGGAAUCUAGAAUGGUUGAUCUUCCAGCAGAUGAAGAGGAUGGAGCACAUUGUUCCUCAGACAGAGAAGAAGAUGAGAGUUCAUCCUCUGACAGCUCUAGCUCUCUAGAAGUAAAGGAAUGCUCAUUGAUAGUUAAGAUCCCUGAUGCAACUUCUAUUCAGGCAGCCCGCAGAAAGCGUGAACUGGCCAGGACCCAGGAUGACUAUAUUUCUUUGAAUGUAAGCCAUCGUUCCACCACGUGUGCUGUGAAGAGAAAUAAUGAGGAGGAUUCUGAGAGUGAGCCUGAUGACUACCAGAAGACUAUACCAUUUGCCCCCAAGCCUCAGACCGUUAGGCAAAGGAUGGCUGAAGAAACAGCAAGAAGAAAUGAAGGAACAAGUGAAGAGAGUCAGGAAGAUGAAAAUCAAGAUAUUUGGGAACAGCAACAAAUGAGGAAAGCAGUUAAAAUCAUAGAGGGAAGAGACCAUUCCCAUAAAAGUGACUCUCAAAUAAUGAAGUUUGAUACCUCCAUGUCAUUUCCACCUGUGAGCUUAGAUAUUAUAAAGAAGCAGCUGAAUACUAGGUUGACAUUACUGCAGGAUACUCAUCGCUCACACCAGAGAGAAUACGAAAAGUAUGUAGAAGAUGUCAAGAGCUCAAAGAGUACAAUCCAGAACCUAGAGAGCUCAUCAAAUCAGUCUCAAAACUACAAGUUCUAUAAAAGCAUGAAAAUUUAUGUGGAAAAUAUAAUUGAGUGUCUUAACGAAAAGAUUAUCAGCAUCCAGGAAAUAGAAUCAUCCAUGCAUACACUUCUUUUAAAACAAGCCAUGACCUUAAUGAAACGCAGGCAAGAUGAAUUAAAACAUGAAUCAACGUAUUUACAACAGUUAUCACGUAAAACUGAGGCAUCAACAAAUGGAAGCUUGGCCAUAGAUGAGAAAACUCAAAGGGUUUUGGAACAGAUUGAAUCUCGAAGGGCACAAAGAAGACAAGCAAGGUUACUUUCUGGGAACUGUAAUCAUGACGAAGGGACAUCAAGUGAUGAGGAAUUGUCUUCUGCAGAGAUGACCGACUUCCAAAAGAGCCGAGGUGACCUUUUACAGGAUUGUAAGAAAAUUUUUGAAGAUGUACAUGAUGAUUUUUGUAACAUCCAGAAUGUCUUACUGAAAUUUCAAAAGUGGCAAGAAAGGUUUCCUGAUUCCUACUCUGACGCUUUCAUUGGUUUAUGCAUACCAAAGCUUUUAAAUCCCCUGGUACGAAUCCAGUUGCUUGAUUGGAACCCUCUUAAGUUGGAUUCCACAGGUUUAAAACUGAUGCCGUGGUUCAUGUCAGUAGAAGAAUUCAUGGAGAACAGUAUGGAAGACAAAAAGACUGACAGUUCUGAUAAAAAAAUUUUGGCAUCUAUCAUCAACAAAACUGUUAUUCCUCGACUUACAGACUUUGUAGAAUUCAUUUGGGAUCCCUUGUCAACUUCGCAGACAAGAAGUUUAAUAACACACUGCAGAGAGGUUCUUGAAGAACGGUCUGUUUGUGAAAAUGAAGUAAAUAAAAGCAAACAGGAUUUACUUAGAUCCAUUAUUUCAAGAAUGAAGAAGGCAAUAGAAGAUGAUGUUUUUAUUCCUUUAUAUCCAAAGAGUGUUGUAGAAAACAAAACAUCACUACAUUCAAAGUUCCAAGAAAGGCAGUUCUGGUCAGCUCUAAAGCUCUUCCGCAAUGUUCUUCUUUGGAAUGGACUCCUCCCUGAUGACACUUUGCAAGAGCUGGGACUAGAGAAGCUACUAAACCGCUACCUUAUGAUUGCUCUUCUUAAUGCUAUUCCCGGGCCAGAGGUUGUUAAAAAGUGCAGCCAGGUGGCAGCCUGCAUACCAGAACGAUGGUUGGAACAUUCUGCUGUGGGGGCACCUAUUCCCCAGCUAGAAAACUUCAGCCAGUUUUUAUCGCUGUCUGCAAACAAGUUAUCUAGCCCUGAAUUCAGGAAUGAAGUGAAAGACAUAAUUCUUACUCUGGUGAAAAUGAAAGCUGUGAAUCAAGCAGAAUCUAUAAUAAAAGAAUAUCACCUAGAUCAUCUUAUGUCUCUAAUUAAAGAAGUUUGAAUAGACUUCCUAGGAAAAUACUGGUCAGCCUGGAUUCCUUUGCCAGCAAAGCUGGCACAUCUGUACCCCAUCAUGGAAUUAGGAUUUGCAAGACAGAACUCCCUCCUGCUCUCUCCACAGUACCUUCCUGUUCUGCAGGGUAUCCUCUCUGAUUCUUCUCUUUCCCAGUUUAAGAGGGCAGCUGGAGAAAUUUGGCAUGUAGCUCUAUUUUGGCUUAGCUAAGCAUAACUGUCCCUAAGUUGUGCUGCUUUUUACUGCAGUUAUUUGCAAUAAUAAGGAAAUAUUAAUUAGAAUUACUUCUGAGUGUUACAUGGCUGAAGGCACUUUAAAGCAUUUCAUAACUGGUAGUCCAACUAUUCUUCAGAAAUCUUUACAAAUUUGUUAUACCAUCACAAGUGCAAGAAUGCCAGUGUGUCCUCAACAGUUCUAACAGGUACUUUUUAAAAA